CGGUGGUGGUCCCGCGGGAUAGCGAGCGAGAGAUAGACCCGAGAACACCAAACAAAGCAGUGUGAAAGUGUGAAAAAGUCAUUAAUUUCCUGUCCGGAAGUCCGCGGCAAGUGUGACCUGGUUCGGUAGUUGAUUCGCCAGAAUUCCCCAUACGGCGAAUGUGAUGAUGGUUGUGGACAAAAAAGAUUCAGUAUAAAAAAACCGCCAGUCCCAGUAGGCUAUGGUCAUAAAAAAACAAAAUCCGCUAGGGUGCAAUCAACGAAAAGGAUGUAGAGACCCGUGGUUUAAAGUGGCAUAGGUGAUAAAUAAACAUCAUAAAUCGACUCGGAUUUACCAGCCCACAUAUGCGAGUGAUAAAUAUAAACAAAGCAUCCAGAAUUGGCAAUUUUUAUACCGAAAUAUUACGUACCCAAAGUGGGUAGUCUCAAGGAAAAUGAAUAUAUACAGAUUUAUUUGCUGUUGCAUGAUUGUCGGAAUAGUUUCUACCGUUGGAUCAACGGCGGCGGAUCAAUCGACCAAGGAACGGAUAAGGAUCCACAAAGAAUGGCUGGAGAAGCGUGCAGCCAGUCGCUUCAGUGGCAAUUCCAGCAGCACUCUGAAAACAACUUUACUGAGGAAGUUAAUCAAAUUCAAGAACGAACAUGAACCGUUAUCAGAGAACGACAUUUCCUUUGUGCCACACUUCAGUCAACCAAACAGCGGCAACAAUAAACCAUCCAAAAGUGUUGCCGGCUCUCAAUCCAGCGUCGACGACACCGUGCAGGACAAUGAGUACGGAAUCAGCCGCGCCGAACCGGCUGGAAGUGUAACUGUAGAACCGGAGAAGAUUGAUCCAAACGAAUCGGAUAGAAAUCCGUCUGAACCAACGGUCGCUAGUGUUUUGGGCAACGUUCAGCCACCCUCGCCACAGUCGAGAAUAUUGGACCAUCACUCAGCAGGCUUGGAAACAUCCAACGAGAUACGGAUGGUGACACCUGUUUCUGUUGCUCCGUCGGUGGUAGAGCAACAGUUGCAGCAGCAAAAUGAACCGGUAACUGAAACGAAUGGAUCCGGUGGAGUCGGUGAACAGAAUCGCAUAAAUGAUAAUUUGCCAGCGAAUGCUAAUGUAAGUGCCAGUUAUACGCUGAAUAACAGCAUCAUUGGAAGCACCGCAGGAAGGAAACCCGAACGAUAUCCUACCGUAAUUAAUAAUGAAACCACAGACGAUGAGAGUAAUGCGUCUUUCCUGGACGGUCUUGGCCCAAUGGUCGCUUCAUCAACGCCCGUGCUGCCCGUCGAGAAGAAGGAUCAAGUAGACGAACAGCAGCAAGCAGCGAAUGUGACCGUUCGGAAUAUUUUCGGUUCCUGGAGUAAUUGGACUGCCUGUUCCCGGUCCUGCGGCGGUGGUGUCAAAUCACAGCAACGGAAAUGCUGGCGACGAGAAUACAUAAACGGGAAAAAGAGCCCCAAGACAGCAGUUGAAAGCCGCGAUUGUAUUGGUAUCGUAAAACGUUAUCAUCUGUGCAAUGAACAGCAAUGCCCAGAUCCUGCUGGGGAUUUUCGUGAACAACAAUGCACAAGCUUUAACAAUCAAACCUUUCAGGACAAACGCUACAUCUGGGAGGCAUUUAUCAAAGAUGAUGCUGAAUGUGAGCUGAACUGUAAACCAAUCGGCAUGCGUUACUUUGCGACGUUGAAUAAAACCGUCAUCGAUGGAACGUCGUGCACCAAACCGACCGAGUACUUCCGGCGUAACAACAGCGGCAGGGGCAUCUGCGUGGAGGGUAUUUGCAAGGCUGUUCACAACAGUGGCGUGAUAUCCGGCACGUUUAUGAAUAAUGGCGCUGUGCGGUGUGGCACCUCGGCAGUUUGCCGGCCCGUUUCCGCUAUCUACACCAAGAGCCAGCAGGUCAACGGAUACGUUCACGUGGCCACGAUUCCGGCCGGGGCGUACAAUGUCACCGUAACCGAGCUGCAAAACAGUCAAAACUAUCUUGCUCUCAAACCGGUCGACAAUGAACGAUUUAUCAUAAACGGUGACUACACAAUUUCACUGAGUGGAUUCUACCAGGGCGCUGGGACUAUGUUCGAAUAUCGUCGGGUAGACGGUCUGAACAAUAGCUCUACCAGUAGUUUCCGCAAAAUCGAAGGCGUCACCGAGUGGAUCACAGCUCCGGGACCGCUACUGGAACCGAUUCAACUAUAUCUGCUUUCGCAACAGCCGAAUCCUGGUAUCAAGUAUGAGUAUCUUAUGCCGAUCAAUACCAACUCAAUCGGAGAGCAAAGCUCCAGCGAGGAUAAUAGAAUCGAUGGUAUUUCCAACGAAAUCUCCGAGAAAGCAAGCAUCCGCGUACCGAAGCACCGAACGAUCAUGAAUUCUACGAUUCCUUCCAGUACUACGAAACCUCUACGGAAACGCAAAUUUCUCUGGAAAGUGGUUGGAUUUAGUGCCUGUAGCAAGUCCUGCGGUGGAGGAUUACAACAGCCGAUCAUAAAAUGUGUCCGCGAAGCCCCAACCCGGGUAUUUUCUCCGAAACGAUGUGCACAUCUAAUUCAACCGGUUUUAAACGAAAACUUACUUCGUUGCAAUACACAACCGUGUCCAGCUUACUGGAAACUGUCCGAAUGGAGUGACUGCAAUUGCGAAGAAAAACUAGGUGACAAAGAGGCUUUCAAAAGCCGCGAGGUAAAAUGUGUCCAGGAGCUUAUAUCCGGCAUAGUUAUUCAAGUCAACAGUGGAGCUUGCAUGGAAGAACAACCCCCGGCAGCGGAACAGUGUGAAUGUGCCAAGCACUCCAAGCUCGCAUCGGUUGAAUCCAACAAACAAAAACCGACUGUCAUAAACCACCAUCAUAGCCAUAACCAUCAUCACCACCACAUCAGCCAUAGCACACAGAACGAUAUGCAGUUGACAAACGGUUACGGAAGACAGAACUUGGAUGCCAGUCGGAUCAGUCAGAAGGUUGAGCCCAAGAAAUCCGGAGUAUGGUUGACCGCCAACUGGAGUGAUCGUUGUUCGGCUACUUGCGGUGUGGGACUUCAAACCAGAUCCAUAUUUUGCGAUCGAAGUACGUCGACCAAAGCGGAACGGUGUGAUUUACGGUUCACUCCUGAUACCACCAGAGAAUGCACCAGCGAUCGUGCAUGCGAAUACGGCGAGUGGUUCACCGGUCCGUGGGGAUUAUGCUCCGGAGAUUGCUUCAAUCUGACCAAAUCACGAACUGUCAUCUGCAUCCGUAACGACAACUUUGUACCCGAUGCCGAAUGCGACGAAAGCGAACGUCCCAUUUCGAUCGAACCUUGUGACAUCGAAACGAUCAGCGAUUGUAAACCCAGGUGGCACUAUUCGGAAUGGACCGAGUGUACCAAACCAUGUGACGGUGGCAAUCAGCGACGUAUCGUCAAAUGUCUCGAAUUCAAUCUGCAGGAAAAGGUAAUGCAAGAAUCUGCUAGCUGCCGGUAUGCGGAUCGUCCGGAAGCGUUCCACGUUUGCAACGAAGAACCAUGUCCGUCGACUACGGCUGCCAGUACCACUGCAGCCGCUUCCAUGGAACCGUACGUCGAUCCACGGGAGGAUAUUGUUCAGAACGAUGCCGGCUGUCGGGACGAUUUCCCGAACUGCAGUAUCGUUCUGAAAGCGAAACUGUGCAGCUAUGCGUACUACAGCCAAGCUUGCUGUCAAACAUGCCGAAAUCGAUCGAACGAACUGUAUUAGGUGGAUUCUACACACCACAAAGAAAGUGGCCAGAGAAAAUACUAGUGAAUUGUAGCGAUUGCAUUGAGUUUAAAGUUAUUACUGCCCUUAGCUGAUAGGAACCCAGCCUACCGAGAAGCAAAUGGAUUUAGUUUUUACAAUGCUCUUUUCAAUGUCAGUUCACUUUCCAGAUUUUUGUUUAACAAAUCUCGCAAACUUAGAAGAAUCAAAACGCAGUGCAUUUACCGUUUUUUGAAGAUGAAUAUUUAAGUAUUUAACAUUAGUUCAAGGAAAUAUUAAGUGAGGUGCCGAAAUGACUGUGACGAUUUCAAGCAAAUGCCACAACCGAUAUAAAAAAAUUACGUGUGAAGUUCAAUAUUUUCAUGUUUUCCCACACUCGCAAUGUCAAGCAAAACAAGUUGUAUUAAAGUGACUAAAAUAACAAAAAGACAUCUCCCAUCUGGAACUCGAUUUCAGCUGCAUACAUUUAUGUGGAGUUGAAAUCCCAGGUGAAGCAUAUCGUCUCUCUGUUAAAUGUCCCAGGAUAGCCCAAACCUAGACUAUUUCCAGCACUGGAACAAAAUCAAACCGUCACUCUCACCGUAGUGCGUAAGUGCCAUUUAAGAAGUGUAAUUUUCAAUCCAUAAAAUGCCAUACAAAAACUCAUUGUAAACUUUCUCAUGGCGUUCCGUAUGGUAAUUAUACGAUAAGAAAGGGAAACUUUAGCCAAAAGAUGCGUACAGAUAAGAACAACAACAUAGGUUUGUGGAAGCUGCUUCGAUAGCGGAGUAUCGCUCGUAAUUGAAGAAAUCUCAAAUUUAUGAUGUAUUGAUGCUAUAAUAUUACAAACAAACUGUUGAUAGAAGAAGAAAUAUUGCAAAAGUUGAUUGAUCAAUGCAUUUGAAUAAACUACUUAAAUUAACAAUAA